AUUUGUUUACUUUGUCAAGCAUAGUCGUUAAACGCUGAAUCCAGGCCAAGCAGGAGGGUGAUAGGGAGAGAUGAUGGGCAAGCCAGGUUCGCAGCAGCUGCUAAUGGAUGAGAAGAUAUAUGUUGCAGUGGGGAGUGACUUGGGGAACAAGUCCACUCUUGUUUGGGCGAUACAGAACACUGGAGGCAAGGAGUUCUGUAUCGUCCACGUUCACCAGCCGCUCUACAGAAAAGACAAGGAAAAGGCACAAAAGAUCCUGGACAAGUACCUACAAACAUGCAGGCAAAUGAAUGUCUGUGCUGAGACGAUAAACAUUGAAAUGGAGUCGGUAGAGGAAGGGAUCAUCCAAUUGAUCUCAGAGCGCAAUGUCAAGAAGCUCGUCAUGGGAGCUGCGUCAGACACACGCUAUUCAAUGUACAAAGCACACCAGCAUAACCAUAUAGUUUUGGAUUUUCAUCUUCUCAUGGAUGGUUCUUGUUAUUUCACCGGUGGAUUCAUCAUUAAUCUUAAUUUGCAGGAGGAUGGCAGAUCUGUUGUCCACGAAAGCCAUUUACAUUCGGAAGCUAUCAUGGGUAACACCUCUCUAGAGUAUGCAUCUACAAGUUCUGAUCAAGAUUCAGUCCGUUCACGAGGAUCUGUUAUACCUUCGGGCCAAUACACGAUAUCUAGAGGAAAUGGAAAUGUGUAUCAAUUAGCUGUCUUUGAAGCUGAGAAAUCGAAAAAAGAAGCAAGCUUGGAGGCUUUCAAGCAUCAAGAAGUUGAGAAAGAGAAAAAUGAAGCAAUCAAAAGGGCUAAAGAAUGGGAAAAUGCCUAUUUCGAGGAGUUGAAACAAAGGAAAGAAACAGAGAUGGAGCUGAAGAAAGUGAGAGAAAAACUCGAAAAUAUGAGGUAUAUAUCUGAGAACCGAAUAACCGAGUCUUAUAUGUUGGUGCAAAAGCUGCAAGACAAGUAUAACUUGGCAACGAAAGUGUUGAGAAAAGCCAAGGAAGAACGGGAUUUCUUGAUAAAAGGACGCGACAUAGCAAUUAUAGAAGUAGAGGAGCUAAGAAAAAUCCAUGAGAAGGUCUCUCGAUCUGAUGAGCACCGUGAAGCUCCUCAGUACUUCAUCUGUCCCAUUUCACUGGAAGUGAUGAAGGAUCCACAACUAGCAGCAGAUGGAUUUACAUAUGAAGCAAAAGCCAUAAGCACAUGGCUUCAGAGAGGACAUGAGACUUCCCCAAUGACAAACACGAAGCUUCUUCAUACAAAGUUAGUUCCAAAUCUUGCUCUUCGAUCUGCAAUCCAGGAAUGGCUUCACGCUUCAUCCUCUUCCAGAAAUUCUCAGGUUAUGGAGGAAACAGUCAGUUCACGGAUUCUCGAAGACAAAAUCUAUGUCGCAGUUGGGAGAAAUGUAUGGAAGAACACAUCAAAUCUCCUCUGGGCGUUACAAAACUCCGAGGGAAACAGAAUCUGCAUCCUUCAUAUUCACCAGCCAUCUCCAAUGAUUCCUGUCUUGGGUACCAAAUUCGAAGCUUCGACGGCAGAUGAUGUAUCAGUGAGAGCGUAUAGAGGCAAAGAAACAGCCAAAACAGACAAGAUUCUACAAGAGUACCUUAGUAUUUGUCUGAGAAAAGGGGUACAGGCAGAGAAACUGUGUUUUGAAAUGGACUCAGUUGAGAAAGGGAUUGUGGAAAUGAUACAUCAGCAUAGGAUCAGGAAGUUUGUUAUGGGAGCAGCUGCAGAUAAACACUAUUCCAUGAAAAUGGAGGAUCUUAAGUCUAGGAAAGCAAAAUUUGUCUGUAAACAAGCGUCUGCUACUUGUCAAAUACAGUUCACUUGCAAAGGAAACCUUAUCCAUACAAGGGAAGCAAGAAUGGAUGAAGUUCGAGCUCUCUCUGUGCUCUUGUCUGAAUUUCAGCGGCUUGUAUUGCCACUAACAAGCAUUGAUCCGAUUCAAAGUUUGAAUGUAGAAAACGAGAGGAGGUCUUCCUUGGAUACCAGCUCUUGUCAGUCUGCUGAUACAUUAUCACAGCCUGCAACAUCACUAAACCUAGCUCAAGAGGAACAGAAUGACGCAUCUUCUCACGUUUUCCCGGUAUGUGUUGAAAUUCUGAGUAGAAAAUACAAAGGCCCUGCAGAUUCUAUUUUUGCGUUUCAUCUGGUUGAUGGAGUUGCCUACUGUGCUUGUUUCAUCAGUGCAGCGGAAUGAUGAACUUCCUAAUCAACUCCACUAAGCUAU